UCCCGAAGAGCACCUCGUUGCCUCCCACCGCCACGCGCGCAAAGAGCGACGGGGGAGAGAUGGCGGGGUUUAUGGGGGCGUUUUCGGGGACGCGGGCGCUGGAGAUCGUGAAGCGGAACAACUCGCCGGGGCUCCUCUGGAAGCGGAUCAAGCUCACCACCACCCGCAAGAACAACGCCAAGAAGCGCCUCCGCCGCGUCUGGCAGAAUGAAGCUGUCUUGAGGGCUUGUGCUGAACCACAACAAGAAACUGCAGCAAGUACUGCUGCAGUUGGAAAUAAAUAGACUCGAGAUCAGAUGUAGUGCCAUUGAUAAUUCUUUCUUUUCUGCUUUGGAAAUCGUUGCAACCGACGGAUUUUGUUGUGUAUUUUUGCUUAAAACAAGCAUUUGAAAUGGUACUGUUAGAUAAGAAUUUAUUCUCUUUAUCUA